CUCCAAAAUUAUAUCAGACGAAUGCAAGGGACAAACUUUGUAAAUUGAGUUUUAUUGUAACGGCUACGAUUCCUUGUUUGUAAUUAACCUACCCCAGACAUUAUAUUAUUGCUUUCACUAGUCUCCACUUCAGAUUGCUGUAAAUUAGAUUGCUUUGUUUGCAAUCGUUCUUUCGAACGUGAAGUUUUUCUGCUAACGUCCGCCAUAUUUGUUAUUCUUUAUGACGCUAUUCUGUUACCAUAACAACCAAGCUUGAGCUACAAUUCAAUCUCUGCGUUUUAUAAUAAAACUCAACAAUAGAGGUGGAUCGAGGGUGCUAUAUUUUUCGACUUACAUAGACAAAGAUAAUAUUCUUGGUAGUAAAACUAAUUUAAACUCCCAAAGAUUCGAUUUGUGAAUGUAAACAUAAACUAAAGAAUAUGACUUUGAAAGGAUCUUCAUUCAGUCUUACUAUUGAGAUCAGUGCAACCUGGGUUUCCCGCCAAAACGUUUAAAAACCUUACUGCAAAUAUGGCGACAAGUUGAAAAUUUCAAAGCAAGUAUUCACAAAAUUGCCCAUUUUUAUAGCGUAUAAUGGCUUCAAAAACUGAACAAUCGAUCAUAAGUUUAGCUAAGCAAGAAAACAAUGACGAGUUGGUGCGAAUAUUAAAUGGAAUUAAAUUGGAAAAGGUAUAAGAAACAUUUACAAUGAAUAAACAAAUUGCAUUUUUCUAACCAAUGAUGGUAAUAUGAAUAUAUGUAUUUAAAUGUAAACAGCAUAGGUCAAUUGCCUACUAGUUGUGAUAUACAUAAAUUUUUUUUAUUAAGUUGCAAUCCUUGAUUUGUGCACUUGGUCCACAGUUAUUUAAACCCCCUCAACUAUUGCAACCAUAUCUUCACAGAUUCUAGCGUUAACCCCCUUCCCCCCUUUGUGGGUUAAGUCCACAAAGGGAAACGAAAUCUAAUUGUUGAUGGUAUUUUACUUGUUAUCAUAUUUGUAACCACUUACAAUCACAUGGAUAGGUGGGCAUGAAUAUAGUAAUAACACAAAGUUGGAGCCUGACAAUGGUAAGAGACUAAUAAGAUUUUGUUAUAGCUUGGAAGUAUACUAACAUCUCGUACAAAUGAAAAUCAUGGUGAUGUUGCCAAGUUGUUGCGAGCAAGUUUUCAAGGUAUACCCAUUCUAUGCUUAAUAAUUAGAAGAAACCCAAUGUAUACAAAAGAAAAAGCACUGCGAUUCUUGAAACUUUCAACUUGAAACUUUAAUUUCCAUCUAUUUGUUUUUUAAGGAUCUCCAUGUAGUGAUGAGGAAGGCUUGCAAAGACGGAGUUUUCUUUUUAAUCAUUGCAUGAAUAUAUUGAGUGACACUGAUAUCUCUGCUAAGGUGAUUCUAAGAUAUUUACUCACACUACCAGUUUGUAAAAAGCAUUGAGAAAAUAAUUAACUAUGGAUCUUUCUACUGUAGCUUGCAACAGAAUAUGCGGGAAUCUUAUUUUUGGAGGUACGAUGGUUUUAUGCAAUAUAUAGUUGGUUAAUUUGCAGCAUAAUCAUUUUUCAUGUGCAAAUAUUAGCUCAUAACUAAGCUCAUACAGCACCUGCAUAUGUGAUGUAACUGCACGAGAGGCUUGGAAUCAUGUGAAAAUACCUUUUCCAGUGCAGGUAGAAAUUAGAAUACAAUUGAUGUGUUUGGACAAGACAGUCAAAUACUCCAAUGACUAAUGUAUUCAUCAAACACAUUUUGUAGAUUGAUAAAACAUCAAGUGAAUUAUUGUGUGAAUUGGCUGAUAAAAUUGUUGAAAGUAUUCGCAAAGGCUUGCUAAAGAACGGAAGGUGUGCAGGUGUCAUGUCUAACUAACAUCUACUUUUAAAGAAUAUUGUACAAUAUAGUAGUAUAGUACCUAGCCUGCAUGUCAACAUUACCUUUGUGGAAAAACAACCAUUGGCAGACCACUGAAUGACAUUUUCCAUAUUUACAGUACAGUAUGUCAUGCAUGGGUCCAGGAAAGGCAACCCAGCUGAUUAACUAUAUGUACAGUACAUUCCUGCCAUUUCAUUUUAGAGUAGUGCAGCUGUUUCCAAAGAUUUUAUCAUCCAUAGCUUCAAGAGACUCUGUCCCACUUUCCUCAGGUAACAAUACUUGUAAGACAAUGUGAUGAUUGCUAUAUAAAUACAUUUACAAAUACUUAUGUUAUGAAGCAAAUUUUCUGAACCUUUUCAAAGCUUAGAAAUAAUUUCAUAGUAAAUAACUUAUAGAUAUAAGUUGAAAUAAAUGUAUGUAUUUUUUGACAAAAAAAAUGUAUGACAUAUUUCAGAUGGUGGUGGUGAGCUAUCAGGGAUUCAGUAUAAAAGUCAGAUGAUAAACACUUUGUGUUCAACAAAGUAGGAUAUUUUUCUCAGUUUUGUCAAUGCAUUUCUCCCUCUCUUCAUUUAUUUGUUCUGUUUGUUCUCAUUCUAUUAAAUUAAAAACAUUUCUUCGUACCAAGUUAAAUAUUUUCCUGCUUCGGACCAAAUGUUUGUGUGAUCUGAUACUUUUUCCAUGCCCUGCUGAAAUGCUGUAUUGUGAUGUUUCUUUAUUUCCUUAGGUGGCAUUCUAGCUGUGUCAUCCAUUUGGCUAAUAUGUUCAGGUAAAAUGAUGACCAUUCUUCACCUGGAUUUAUAUGUGUGUGUUUAUGCGUUUGUCUGUACCAUACGAUUCACAAAUAUCCAACGUAUUAAUACGAAAAUUUGUGGAGUUCAAUUUGGAUGAAAAUUGGAUCAUAUGGAAAUGCUACUUCUUUAAAUUGUUUGCCUUCAAUUCCAUGCAAUAUAUAGCUUAAUUUAUAGCCUACCAAUGCUUUCAUGGUUAAAAAUUGUUGUUACAGUACAACUUUGUUAUACAGUUAUUGUCCGCAAUUGGUGAAGGAUUCACAUCAACUUCACGAUUGGGACUUAAAAAUUUAAAUUAAACUACAGUGCAUAUUUCUUUUCAGAGAGGUCUCAUUAACCAACGAAGAGUUGAAAUUUGUCAUAGAAAAGAUUUUAAGGUUUGUAUAAAAAAGUGAUUCCUUAGACAAUAUUGUGGAACUGGAGUAAAAACAUGAACGCGCAGACAUGACGCAGAGACGGUUAUUGAUUGUAGUUUUAUCCUGGGUAAUUUUCCAUAUAAAGGGUGACUUUCUAUAUAAACGGAAGACCUCAUAAAAAUGUUGGUGCUCAGUUCACGUUAGUAUUACUGCAGAUUAAGAUUACGUUUUGGAUCUUAUUGGGGAAGUUGGGUUGUGGUUAAGAUUGUAAAGAGAAACAGUAGCGACUGUGAGGUGCAAUAUCAUAUAGUUCACUUUGUAUUUAGGAUGUUCAAGAGUCUUGAACUAGAAGAGAUACCACCAGUUGUGUAUCAGCUGUUCAUAUUUGUAUUUAGGAUGUUCAAGAGUCUUGAACUAGAGGAGAUACCACCAGUUGUGUAUCAGCUGUUGAUAUUAUGCUCCAAGGGACAUAGGAUUUGUGUACUGGAAGGUGUCAUUACGUAUUUUACCCAACUUGAUAUUGAAAGUGUUCAGAACGAGCAGCAACAAAGGUAAUGGAACGAUCUCACAAUCUAUUUCAUUGUACACGUACAUGGACUAAACUAAACUAUAUAGUGAAUAUAAACUUUUUACAGAGAUGAGGAAUUCCAAGGAAUUUCCACCGACCAACUUCGACAUACAGAAGGCAAUGUCAUUUUGCACAUUACGUUUGCCGUAAAGCAAGACCAACAGCUUGGAAAAGAGUUUGUUAAAUAUUUGAAGGUGUGUAUAACGCAUUUCUGGAGUUAACCAACAUAUAUGUCGCCCGCUAACAUUGAAACUCGACAAUAAGGAACAUUUUAACAGAAUUGUGCAAACUUUUCAUAAUCAAUUUCACAUUUUUUACUAUAUAUAGGCAUGCCAACAACGUCCUCAAAAAAUACUGACAGCUUUCAAUCUUGCAAUUGCUCUGUCUGUUGCUCAAAUCCAUAGAUUUGAAGAACCAGUGAGUCAUUUCUUUCAUGUUUCAUUCACUACAGCCACGUUGUUAGAGAGAACUUAGUUAACCAUUUUUUCAAUUUGUUAAUUUAGUAAUUAUUUAGCUAAAAGUCGGUGAAGAACGUUUUUCAAUUUGCUACGUCUCUAGAUCUUUGAUGUGCUUAAAGCCGCUGUUUUAAAGAGCUUUAAAAGCAUUAAACUUAGGAGUGCUUCAAAGUGGAUGCAAGGUAUAAAUAUCCUGAAACGACAUUUAUUUACAAUAGCUUUGGUUACAGUUAAAGAUUAUUUGAAUAUUAGUGAGGAGACAUCGUUUUCUUUUUAGAUAAUGUCGAAAGUAUUCCUGAUAUCUCUAAGGAAAUUCUACAAACCGUUCAAAAUAGGUACUUUUUUGUACAUUAACAUCUAAGUCGUCUAUAUAGUGUAUGUUUUGAGGUUUUAAUUCAUUUCCAUUCAGUAUGUUUGGUUGGGACCAUGUUGCUCAAGGCAUCGUUCAACUUGGCUUUUAUUUAAUGGAUACCUUUGGUUCGAAGAAUAACGGUAUGGAUUACUAUGAUGUAGAAAUUAAGUCGCGAGUGGGUACAGUUGGAAACACGAUAACCUAUAGAAACACGCUGACUGUAGUUAGCGUACCUGCCCAGUGACCUCUCUAUAUAUCUGGAGCAGGAACGUCAGACUCGUCAGUCACUCUGUCUAUGAGGAAAGUGAAGGCAAGAUGGCGGAAUUGAAGUCCAGUAGCUCCAUCUUUGACUUCACGUUUUACACUCAAGUUCUCGCUCCAGAUAUAUAUGAAGAUCAAUGUACCUGGUUAGUUACACAGUGGACCAAUGAGGGAUGGUGGGGGAUGCCAUCACAGCUAGGACCUCUAUGGAAAACAGUUGGGAACUGAUAAAACUAUGAGCUAUCCUGAAACUAAGUUAGUCAAUGAUAAAUAUUAAGCUUCUAUGAACUUUAGACGCAAGCAAUACAGGUCAGUGCAGUCCACAACAAGAAUCCUGCCAGUUGGGAAGUUUAAUCUUGUUGAAAACGUUUAAGGUAAUCUCUUGAAUGAUUGAAGAAACUCAACUGGAAUGAAGUAAACUCACUUCAGUGACCCUACAGUGUCAUUAGUGUCAUCCUCCAUUCUCAAGCAUCAGCCACCGUCCUCAAGCAUAUCAGCCACCGUCCUCAACAACGUCAUAAGCAAUCAGCGGUGGAAAUUCACUUUUUCCAGUAACGUGGCAAACACUGCUUAUUUCCGCCAAAACUACACUGUACACUAAAAUCUGGUUGUUUUUUGUAAAAUUUCGCACCACUGCCGACCAUCUUCUGUCAUCAUCCACCAUCAUCUACCAUCACAUUCGUCAUCUGGCACAGUUCAUGAUUGUAGAAAAAUGUCAUCACAUACCUUUAUUCCGCAGGUUCACGAUAUGAUUCGAACGGAAAUACUGGAGCAAAUUUUCAACAGAUUGCUUACUAAAGCUACCAGUACUUCCACUCACUACAUAGGUAGGUUUAUGAGUGAAAGUUGCGCUUCUUAUAAGACUAUCAGUAUAACUUUAUAAUACAAAUGUUUCUGUUGUCAUAUCGUUGAUCCGUUGUCUUUUCCAAGAUCUUCUCCAGAAAGCAGUUGCGUCAAAUCCUCAAGCUCUUUUGGACUCCUUAUCUAAGGUAGAGAUCGGAUAUAUAGACUUCAAUUUGUUUGCUCUUAGUUUUAUCAACAGUUCUGAAAUUGACAUGUGCUGCAAUAUGUAUGCAACCCUACCAUACUGUACAUUUGUAUUUGAUUCUGUGUUUUAUUAACACGUCUUCUCCUUGGAAGAGUACAUUAUUCUGUACAUUAUUUGUUGUCUUUGGCCUUCAGGUGAAAGAAGUGUUUGAGUAUUUGUCAUGUCUACCAUUUGCGACAGCUCAAGGUCUUUUGCAAGCUGUUUUGGUGAGAAUCUUACUGAACAAUGUAUUCAAUAUAUAGUAAUGUUUAGAUGAUUUAAACCAUGACGUCUCUUUGCAGCCGCUUAUGAAGAUCAGUAUUACGUUAAGAGAUUCACUGAUGCUCGUUUUACGAAAAGCCAUGUUCUCCAGGUAACCAAAUGAAACAUCCAUCAGUUCAAUCAUUGUAAAGACGUUUGAGCUUUCUAAGAACCUUCCCUUUGAAUAAUAAAAUCGUCUGGCAUCGAGGACAACGUAUUUUUUUACUGUAUAACCUAUACAGACAAAAAUGAGUUAGAUUAGCGAUCCCACCGUUUAAGCUAAUCAUGUUUCCUUUUUCUUGUUUGAUUAUUCAUCCUCUAUUUACAACAUUCCAGUUUAAGCUUUUCUGGAAAUACAUAUUCAGUUUUCAGUUACAGUUACAUAUUCAGUACCAUACACGUCUGUAGAUGAAGCUCUGGGAACGAGGUUGACAUUCACUAUACAGUAGCUUUAUCGACACUUUUACCUCGUUUUUCAAUGCAUUCGUUUCAUAAAGAAGGUGGUUUGAGAUAUUUUUGUUUUGAAAUCAGGAAUUUAGAAUCACGAAAAAUUGCGGUCAGUGGUUUUCUAAUUGUAUUGAAACAUUUCAAGGUAAUUUUACUUUUUAUUUUAUAAAAUACAUUGGAAUAGAAAUUUAUAGAAUACCAAUUUAGAAAAUACAUUGUCAGCUCAUCGUGCGAUAAUUCUCUAUAUUUUCCCCAUAAUAUCCAUCAUUGAUAUCAACUCCACAUUCGGUCAACCAUUGUUACACCGUUGACUGUUGGCCAGUCAGAAAAAAAUCUUUUCUAUAUUGUGCAGGUACGUGGAAGCAACAUAACAUCAAGCCAAAGCUUAAGUCAGAGCAGUCAAUCUUCAGCAUCAAGUCACAUUCAAGUGGAUGUUCAUAAUACAAGCAGAGGAAGCAAUACGGGAAAUGAAGCUUUGUGCUUGGAGAUUUUAGGUGCGUUAUUACGGGGUAAAGUGUUGGUAAGAUGCAUUAUACAGUAAUACACAAACUGUAUAAUGAUGAACGAAUUUUAGUCGCAAAAAUAAGAGACAAUGAUUAGGGUGAUUCUUGAGAUAUGGAAUAUAUUUUCACAAAAAUAUAAAUUUUAGGUGGACUACGUCGUUGCUUCAAUCAACAGGCUGACAUCCGCGUCCUUUUAUACGAGGUAUAAAGCUCAAGGAAUUUAUCAUUUAGUAACUAGUGCAUUCCUUGGAUCUUUCAUUUUGUUAAAUUAAAUCAAAUCCCCAGAUCGUCUAUGAUUAUGAAUGCUGUUAAAUUCUUUGGACAUUUUAGGGUCUUUGUGAUGUUUUGGGAUCAAAUUCCGAGUUACAACAAGCAGCGUUAGAAAUCGUUCAUAAACACGUGAGUAUAUAUGCAACUUUGCAUAUUUCGUUAUUUUUUAUGAUGGGCUUAAUAUGGGAUGUCAGUCCGGUGACCCAAUCCUUCACUAGUAAUAUAAGAAAGUAAUAAAAGAUCAUUGGCAACUGCAUUUUCAAACUUUUGGUGAUUUCUAACCGCUGUCUUCUUUGUUAAGUUUUUGAAAUACUAUGAACAUGACGACGAAAUCCUUCCUCCUCUAAAUCUGGAUCCUUGCUUAACAGCGUCUGGCGACCAAGUCUUCCUUGCUGAACCACUGGUAUGGAAAAUUACAUUUUCGCAUGAAGUUUUCGCGCGAAAAAUGUCGGACAAUUUGAUUCUAUAAACGUUUCCAAAAUCCUAGGGACAUCUGCUGUGUUUAUUACAACAAAGUUUAGUCAGAAGUUUGAAGAAUUCUGAGCAAGAUGAACGAAUGGAUGAAGGUACAAGAUGGUUUCUGAUUAAAUGCAAUAGAACAUCUUACAUACAAUACAAUAGUUUGAACUGAGGCUGUGAUGGGGAAAUAUCAGGAUUUUGAGGUACCUCACUUGAUAGAACUAAAUGUUGAAGAGUUUUUCCAAGAUACGUAGAAUUGUCACUCCAUUCCAACUUCGAAAAACCUUUCAUCUUCAUGGUGUGAUGCUAUAUAUUUAAGUUCUAGUUAAGUCAUGGCCAACCUCACUAGAAAGAUGUCCUGUUUAUGGAUGUGUUAACUAACCGAAAGACGCCUUGUUCAUAGAUGGGGAAGAAGAGUUGAAUUAUUUCACAGAAAAGCUACAGGAAUUAUUUACCUCCUUAACACAACGGAUGAAUAAGAGCGAGUUGGAAGACUUUGAAUUGGUAAGAAGAAUGUAUUAAAGAUUGGUAGAGAGAAUCCAAAAUUUCAGUAUCCUGAAACAGAACAGUUAUUGCAAUGUGUUUUUACCACUGCGAUAGAUGUUGAAGCGACAUUCACAUUUCUGAUUAUAAUAGAGAGGUUCAGAUUUGACUUCCACUAUUGAGGUCUGGAUAAAUUCCUAUUUCAAACCGAAAUUAAAGAGCUUAUAUUGGGUUUCUCUUGUGCAUUUAAGGAUAAGUCGGCAGACUACUCCAUGGCGAAUGGCGUGGGUAUUAAGAACAAUAUAUUCGCCUGCUUGGUUCUUGGCAUUCUUGAGGUGAGACUUCAACAAUUAUUGGAUUGAACAAGUUGUCCAGAAUUAUUCAGACCGAGGUUAAUGUUAUCUACCGAGGUCAAUGUUAUCUGAAUUUUUGAUUCGUUGUAGGUUCUGAUGGAGCACACGUUCAUUGCAGGGGACUUCAGGUUAGUUCUGACCUGACACACUGUAUUGUAUCAUUUGUUUUUCUUUACUUAUUUAUAAUAUUGAAAUGUUUUAUUUUAGCCAGGAAAGCUGUGAAAUGGUCUUACAGUUGUUUACCAAAUACUGGAAACUUUCCAGCGUUCUGAAAGGGACGAAUUUAAGCCAAGGUAGCGUUCUAGUCAAGUAGAAUUGGAUCAUCAUCUUAUAAAUUCCAAGCUUAUUCUCAUCGAUAAUUUAUAAAUAACUUUUGUCCGAUAUUUCUAUAUUGUCACAAACUAUAGGUAAAAAAGCACGACAGUCUUCAUCAAAGCAGAUCGCACGAAGUAUGUUCUCUCUGAGUGCAACAGCUAACAUUCUCAAGGCAAUAUUAAGGUAAAGGCUAUAUCAAUUCCAGAACAAAGUAAUCUUGCUUGUGUCGGAGUAAAAAUUCAUAGAAAUAUUUUGCGUUUCCCUUUUCUCAUAUUCAGUGAUAAUCUUCCCAGUCAUCAAGCUGGUUUGGAUAUUUUGCGCAAUUCUGGAGACUUUGAUCAGUACAUUCUCACUGUAUCACACCAGAAAUUGACUCAGGUGAUUAGCCAUCUUUUUCCAGUUUUUUAGUGCUCGUGUCUCAGGCAGACAAUUGAAAAAUUUUCCUUCACAAUCGGCCUCUCAGUAAAAGCUGCUUCCCAGAAAAGGUUAAAUUGCUCGUCUUUACGGGGCAUUAAAUAGAAAUUUGUGUUCAGAUAAAUGACAAUGGUAAUUGUGAUGGCGUUGGUGGAAAGGAUGUGGAACAUAUUUAUCGUCAGUGUACUAAAAUUGCCAGGUCAGUGACACUUUUCUGCAGGCGUGCUGGUUGUGAACACCCUUCUUUUACUAUAUCUGCAUGUUUGGCUCCAUAUUCUCUCGGAAUCUAAAAUUGCCAGCAUGUAACUAGAACAAACCGUCCUCGUUUUUGACUGCAGGUGUAGUGCAUAGUAGCUACACUCCCUGACCUGCAUCCCUUUUGUCAGAUGAGUCUUAAACCCAAUGAUUGCUAAUUAAUACCAUCUCAGCCUUGCUUUCUUUACCUUCUGUGUAAUAUCUACCCACUGCUUCUUCUGAUCUCUUCACUAAACAUUGUCUCUGAGUAGCUUUCCUUCUUCUUGUUAAUGUCCAUAGUGUCUCAGCCUUGCUUUCUUUACCUUCUGAAUAUCUACCCACUGCUUCUUCUGAUCUCUUCAUUAAACAUUGUCUCUGAGUAGCUUUCCUUCUUCUUGUUAAUGUCCAUACUGUCUCAGCCUUGCUUUCUUUACCUUCUGAAUAUCUACCAACUGCUUCUUCUGAUCUCUUCAUUAAACAUUGUCUCUGAGUAGCUUUCCUUCUUCUUGUUAAUGUCCAUACUGUCUCAGCCUUGCUUUCUUUACCUUCUGUGUAAUAUCUACCAACUGCUUCUUCUGAUCUCUUCAUUAAACAUUGUCUCUGAGUAGCUUUCCUUCACAUGUCCAUACUUCUUUCACCUCUACAAUUUCUUCCACCCCACACAUACAUGUAUUCCGAUCUGUUCAUUUUAUAAUUAUGCUGUAGAGUUCUCCUUAAGAUGGUCAAUGGUGAGAGUUGUAUUACGAAGAAAUCUGAGAAAGUUAGUAUAAACUAUAUUGCAAUUUUACACAAAUACAGUAAGUGCAUUUGAAAGCCAAACUUUAACAUUUAUUGAGUGUAUGGGUAGGCCUAUAAGUACAUGUAUAAGUGAAGUAUCGCAGAAGUUUGGUAGAGCCUUCCCUUUUUUCUAAAAAUCCUUUUUACUAAAGAGUUUUAUGCCAGUGGCUUCAGUCGUUCAAUUUUCAAACUGUUCUACUAAAGUCUAAACUUGUUAUAUAUCAUGGUUAUUUAGAUUAUCAAUCAAAGUUUACACGGUGUAUUCCUGGUCAUUAAUAUAAUUGGCAACAGAUAUCGAACAAAGAUGCAGAAGUUCUUAGCAGCCUUAGGUAAGGUAUCUCCUAAAAAAGUACUCACCGAUGCCACUGACAGCUCAAGUAUAGAAUAUUAUCUCUAUAGAUCAGGAUAAUGAAGAAGCUGAAGCAGUUGUUGAUGAAAAUGAGCUCAUUCAUCGACACAUUAAGAAAUUUCAGGUGAGAAAUUUCGGCCAGACAAGAGGUACAAUCGUGUAAACGAAGGUCUCAUUUUGGUGUUCAAACAGUAGUUUUCAUUAUACGCAUAUUAUAAUAUCUGGUGUUUGAUGGCAAAGAAAUAAAAUUGAGAGAUUUGGUUUAAUUUGGUGUGUUCUGAAAUUCACUAUCAUCUGCAUGUUGCCCCCAAAACACUCACCGUGAAACCCACCGUUUGGUGUUAAAUCUAAUGGUUCUGGGAUUGGUCCUCGGGUAAAUUAUAUCAGAUGAUUGCUCUACACCAGGCAAGCUGAAAAACUACUUUAGUGCAGUGGGAAUAGAACCUGCGACCUUAGGUUCCCUAGAAAGUCGCUGGUUUGAUUGCACUAACUGUCAAGCAAUUUUCCACCUUGCCCGGUGCGGAGCCAAUCGAAGUAGCGUUGUUUAAAAUCGUGUUGUUAUCUCGCCAGUAUAAUGUAAAAUAUGUCGCCAAAAUGCGUGAUUAUUUGACGAUAUCUUUAGAGAUUAGUCGUGACGACGUUGGCAUCUCCUAAUGACACGAUGACAUUAAAAGACAUCCCUCAUAUGGUCAAUAUAAUAUCUUUAUUAACACGAUGUUUAAAGCCAGGCUUGGACCAUGUAAGUGACAAGAAAACUUAUUCACAGUUAAACAUUUGAAACUGUUGCAAUAUUAGGACUAAUGGACGGUCGUUGGAUUCCUGCAAUAUGCAGUUCUCAUUAUAAUUGCCACAUGUGAGAAGAGUGCUUCCAGUUUGACUUUACAAAUUACACUGCAGUCUUUCUCCUGGUUAUUCCUCACUGGUAGCUCCGAUUAUUCCUUGUUGCCUUUUACUAUGCACGAGGUUAAACACCUAAUAGUUAUGCCACGUUCUUUAUUGCUGUUACUUUUAGCUUUCACAAGUUCAAUCUUGGGCCAAGAGAAUUUGUGUAGAACAUAAUAUAGGUAAGAGGAGCUUACUAUUUGGAUGUCCGAUUGAGACUUUUCCAUUGUCACCUGUCAUUACAAUCUUCCGCAACUGGUCCUUCUAGUACGUUUCAUUACAUUCUCCAGCUUUUCUUUAGCUUUCAUAUUCCCUUCCCCUUUACAUUCCAUUGCCUGUCUUACUCCGCUCUCUUGAUCUUGUCUCUUUUGCAAGAUACUUGAGACCCUUAGCUUUUUCUGAUUUCAACACUUCUCAGUUUUGUCCAUCAGUGUCACUCUUCACUUCAUUUUGUACUGUAGAUGACGCAAUUGUUUCCAAGAGUUUGGUGUCCUUUAUGACGAGUUUGACAGCUCAGUGUUGUAACAAACUAAUAUUGGUAAGUAUAACACAUAACACGUCAUUUAGGACAGAUUAACUUGUUAGGGAUCUACCUUGUAAAGAUGCAGUGUCUUCGCGUCGAGACUAAAACGGCGAUGUUCAAUACAAAGUAGAGUUUGCCUAAACUUAUUAUCGUUGGUAAUUACCGAAGUUCCAAGGAACUUUUCAGAUUAUGCAAGCCCCUUAAGCCCUCCCAUCCCCUACUACACUUCUGAUUCGAUAAAAUUGUUAAAUUUUGAUUAAAGGAAAAAGAAAUGUCUGCUGAUAUUCAUAAACAACUUGGUGAUAUUGACGAGGUAUAGCUGUUAUAUUGAUUUAUAUGUUCAAGUUUUAUCCUGUUUCAUACCUUAACCAAUCACAAAAGGCGAUUUCUCUACAGUAGAGUUGUGGUUAUCUUACAAACACGACUUACUCUACAGCUACACGAAUUACCCUAAUUCCCCUGGUUUGCGAAUGAUAUAUCGUUUUCUUUGAAUAGGAUAUUGAAAUGACCGAUGAUUCGUACUUCGCAAUCGUAAACCCACGCACGGCGGCACCAAAUGUAUUGGUAGGUCUUGUUAGGUUGCUGAAUAUGUUCGAAAACUACUAGUAUUUUUUUAAUUAAUCCUACUUCUAGUCUCACUUCGAGACCAGGCUGCUCGGACUCUUGUAAUCCAUUCGUUUCUAUUUCGUGCCAUAUCCGCCGUCAUUAAUUUUGAUCUCUCCCAUCUUGUGAACCAACUCCAUAAAUGUCUCUAACCAGCUCUCCUUUAUCUCUUCUCAUGACAUGUCCAUACUAUCCCAGCCCUCACCUUCCCUGUAAACUCUAUACCACCCAACAUCUUUUGAUCUCUCCAAAAUGUCUCUAACCGGCACUCUCUCAUCUCUUCUCAUGACAUGCCUAUACCAUCCUAGUCUUGCUUUCUUCAAUGACUGCCACCCAUCUCAACCAGAUCCAUCUCAACAAACUGGUACUUAACUGUAUGACUCAUUGUCAAUAUGUUCACUCUAGAUGGUAUUGUUGAGCCAGAUUGACAAAGUGUUAGAUGAAAUAGAUUGGUUUAUGGCAAAGAUAAAAGCUGAUAAGGCCAAAACAGCAUUGGAAAGCCAAGAAGGUUGUGAAACAUUUAGACAUCGCUACUCAGUAAAUCCCUGAACAAAUGACAUUUAACAAAUGUGAUAUUCUUAUCUUUCAGACGAAAAUGAUGCGAGUCCGUCAUCGCCAAAAGACGAUCUAGAGAAAUCACUUUGUGGUCGAAUAACGAGCAUAGUACAUGUUUUUCAUGAACUUGUGCAAUCAGCAAUUCCAGUGGGAUCUUGUACGGAACUUUUACUUAAAGUAAGCCUCAUGAGUACAGUAGCUCUUCUUAUAGUAACCCACAGACCUUUGGUUUGAUGUUUUUAUUUAGAACGCUCAGAAAUGAAUAUUUUCGGAGAGUGUUUCCGCACCAUAAUUACUAUUUCUACUCCAUCUGACGACAAAAAACAAAAUAACUACCUGAAAAAUAUAAGCAGAAUUUCGACGUAACUUCUUCAGGUGGUCGUAUUUUCCAAAAAAGAUUUCUAUUUGUUCUCAUCAUCACCUACAACUAAUACAGGCCGUUAAAAAAAGCAAAACUCUCUAUUGUCGCAAAUCUUAUCUAUGUGUAUAUAUCACGUUAGGUGUUUACAUAUGCUAACUCAUAUACAUGACUGUACUAUAAAAUAUAUAUUUAUGUAUAUAUAUCACGUUAGGUGUUUACAUAUACUAACUCAUAUACAUGACUGUACUAUAAAAUAUAUAUUUAUGUAUAUAUAUCACGUUAGGUGUUUACAUAUGCUAACUCAUAUACAUGACUGUACUAUAAAAUAUGGACAUGCGAUUUCAUUUCUUUUAGACACUUACAAAGUUUUAUUGUACACUUGGUGUUAUUGCUAAAUAUGUAAGUAUUAAUAUGCAAGCAAUGCCAUGAACGGCUCCUGCACUUUAUCAUCAUAUGAAGUACUGUACAAUUAAUGCAAAUUUGUGUACCAAGUAGACAGAAACAGUGACACACUGUAACUCCCCUCCCCAUCCACUGUUCUUACACAUUAACCCCUCCCCCCCGUAAAUAUUCUUGUUGGGUUUUGUCAUAGGAUCACAAAUUAAUAUUUGUAUUUGUUUAUUUUAGUAUUUAUAUCUGUAUGCUCAAAAAACUGGUCAAGCCACUCCUUCGUUUGAAAAAAUGGUACGUCCUACAUUUUGUUUGAAAUCAGUUCUUCAAGAUUGUUCACUUUCUAUUCAAUAUUUCAGGUGAAACGUUCUGGAACUCAACUCUCACAACACGUGUAUGCAUUUUUGACAUACGUUCAAACUGCUGAACAAGAAACGCGAGGAAAGGGCAAAGAUAAAGAUUCAUCAAAGACUGGAAAUUUAACCAAGGUAACGACCCCUUCAAGAUUCGUUCCAGUGAAAAUCCUCUACACUUCCUAUCCAGGACUGAACUGCCACAUGUCUCGCUCCGUAAUCCUCAUUCACACAGUUAGUCAACGGCGGCGGAAGAUCAGUUUGGUCGGGGGUGGAGCUGGACGAACUGUAGGGGGUCCGGGCCCAGGCUCAGAAUGAGAUACCUUCUUAUCAACCCCUCCCGCACUGAUCUUUCUUUUGGGAGGAGCUACCCCCCACCCCCCCUUCACUUAUACCUUUAGGGGAGGAGGUUAUACCCGGUUCCUUCGCCUAUGCAUUAAGCCUUCUUUCCAAUCACAGGUGCGAGUAUUGAAGGAACUGAAGUCUGUGCCAAAUCUUAUUUAUGCUGUUGAACAAUAUGAACGAUAUCUAAUACAGCUGACUAAGAAAUCAAAGGUACGUGUACAAGUGUAACAUUUUUUGUUUGCAAUUGUUAUAUCACAAGUCAUGUUAUUAUAUAGCAAGUGUUAAAGUUCAAUUUUCCUGUUUGUCGAUUGAACAAAACGGGAUCACGUGCCGGUCCACAAAACGUCAUGUUCACUUAAUGCUUUGCUGAGGGAGCAACCGGCCAACAGUGAAACAAUUAUUGUCUUUUACAUGCAUAUAGAAUUAUAGAUAUUUUUUUUUGUUUUAAAAUAGAUAAAUUUCAUGGAACAUUUUAAGAGAAGCACAUCAAGAGAUUUUCGAAUUAACUGUGCGACACUUGAUGCAGCUUUGAGAGAAGAGUCGAGCGAAGAAGACGAAGAGGUGCUUCAUUUUCUCACACAUAUUAUAGAAAGAUAACGGUUGACAAAGGGUCAGAAACUAAAAUAAAUUAACUAUUUUGUACUGGUUAGAUCUAUCAGUUCUGAACCGAACUUCCUAUUUUGAUUUUUUCAGGAUACGACGAAAGAGAAUGAAGAACCUCCGAAAAAGAAAGGCAAGAAAUAACUAUGUUUUUGCUAACUUCCUAACAUCUCAAAUUCUAAAAAUUUUAUUUUAUAUUGUAUAUAAGAGAGAAUAUAGCCCAGGGUAAUCUGGGGAACGUUGUUUUGGAAACAUUAUUUCUUAGCCAUGGUCAACAAAGAUGGGCUAACAUUUCAAAUUCUUUGAAAACAUUUCAAGAAACAGAGAUUUUCAGUGAUUUCCGCAACAAGAUAUUCGAGGAUUAGAAGGGCCCCUAUAUAUUGAUAGCAGAAGCUUGUCUCUGAAAGGGUAACCCUGCUGAAAUAAAGGUUUUACAUUACAUUACAUUACAUUACAAAUAGGGGUUAUGACCUAACGCUUCGCGCACAAAAAGUCAUGAUUGGGGUCAAGAUCCAUGAGAAAUGUAUUCACGCGCGAAACAUCAGCAUACCCUAAAUAUAUGUAACCAUUUGACGAAGUGUCAUGAGUUUUCAGAUUUUUCUGAAACUUCAAAGUUCUAAUAUCAUCUGACUGUUCAUGUCUAGUAAAGAGUUUUCACUCAGUUUCUUCAAACAUUUUCUUUUCUACCAUUUGAAUGACAUUGAGAAGAAUUGCAGGUUCACAGUACGUCAAUUUCGAGCACAGUUGGACAAGUUGCUGUAACGAGCCGGGCAGAGCAGCGUUCCUCCACCAUUUUGCGUCCAAUAACUCGCGUGUGCGGUCCACUGGAAAGUCAUAGCGCAUGUAACGAUUUUUGUGUAUUUGGUUAGUCCAUCCUUUACCAGGUGUUGCAGUUGUUUCUUUCUCAUAAUAACUAGAAAUAAUAUCCAAACGUAGUCCUUUAGCCUUUUGUUUGAGGUUCACAUUUGUGGGUCCCAAUGCUGUUACCUCAUCAUUUGAUACACUUUUGGUCGCUUUAUUCUUAGCAGACAAAAAUGGAAAGCUAGUUACAUUUUCUCUCUCAUUUGCCUCGUCGUCUUCACUCGUCUUUAAAAGCAAACCAAACAUAUUUGCAUACUCUUCCUGUUUUUCUGCAUUCAGCCCUUUGAUGCCUUUAAAAUAACUUUUAAAGUGACGGUAUACGGUGCACUCAGGUUUCCACGAGCCAAACAAACUAUCUUGACAAAAUUUGCUGUAGUUGCGAGCGUCUUUAAGCACGUCCAAAUCUUCCUUGUUCCAAGGUAUUCCAUCCUCGAGCCGUAAACAUUGGCUUGUAUGGAUUGUCUCGAUAAGGUCGUUCCAAAUUGGAAAGUACAGGCUCUCGUCUUCCACUAUGUCUGUCCCAAGUUUCGAGAGUUCA